AUGCAAAGCACACCUGGGACCACUUUCUUCUCCCUACCCACCGAACUGAGACUACAGAUCGCUGUAUACGCCUUGGAGCAGAGCGAUGAUGUUGGUAUUCUCCCGCCCAACGAUCAAGUUGUCGUCGAGGCUGCCUGGCUGCAAAUCGGAACUUGGCAGACCUUUCCAUUUAAUAAAGACUGCAUGGCAUUGGAAGAGCUAUGUGUUGUUUCCAUCACCGACGACGAUGUUGAUCGUGCCAUUCGUCCCGUAAUCAGCCUCCUCCGACGCUUGCAAAACGUCAAGAAAAUUCGGAUCUUCCCUUGGCACGCAGAAUGCCGCCUCACGUAUGGACGACUAGUCGGAGCGAUGUACAAAGACGACCAUUACCAUCGAUACGAUGCGGAAACUGCUCCUUUGGUGGGACCAACUUGGUGGAAGCCGUACUUCAACUCGCACGAUAUAUCUCUUGACUUUGUAAAGUGUGAGGCCGAACCGGUGAUGGCUGAGGAAGACUACAUGGUCAUGAUGAAGCCUAAGAUUGAUGAGAUUAUGGAUUGGAUGGACAGGUGGAGUACUCUAAGACCCUCUCACAUCGAGCCGCAAUGCUUCAAUAGAACCAACAUCACAACCGCUUCGCAACACAACUUGCACCUUCUCCACCACCUCGCAGCAAUGUCUGGAACCUGGCCCCCGCCGCCCGCCGUGGAGGAUGUCCACGAGAUAGCUACAGAGCCCGAUGGGUACGAAGACAUGCCCAGCCUUGAGCAGGCUGCAGCCCCGCAAGCAGAAGCAGCACCUGAUUCUGUCCCACCAGCGAUGCCAUCAGCACAGCCUCUACAGAGCAGCCAAGCGACUCCAGGUGUUCCCACUCUCACAUUACCCACACACUGGGGCCCACCACCUGCAGGAGUCUCGCCCGAAUUCCUCGUCAGCUACUAUACUGCCAGUGGUCUCACCCAAGAGGCUCUCAAUUCGGUGCCACCGCCUCCGUUUUUCAUGAUCAACCAACAGAUCAAUGCUGCGACUGUAUCACCGCCGGGCUUCACUGUCGAAAAUAGUCCUUUUCAACAAGCGAACUCGGGCCUCAUUCCUACUAUACUCCCUUGGCUUCCAUCCAACUUCCCCGCAAUCUUCGCUGGACUGUCGGGUCCCGCUGCUGGGGACCAUGCUGACGAUGUGUGGGAGGAUGUUCCUGGGGAUACUGAUGAGGCCGACGACGAUGAAAUGCCCGCGCUAGGGAAUGGGAAUCCACUAACGACGUCCCCUCCCGUAGGCCUCCAAGCACACAUGAUGGCAAGUUUUGCGGAGUUCAUGGCUGCGAUGGGCGGGCCGGACGACCAGCCUUUCCCAAAUGCUCCCAAUGGAUCGGAUCCGCCGGCAAGCUCUUCUGAGAUGCCUGGAGGUCUCUUGGCGGCCCUUCAGCAUGGCGCCUGGACCUCGAGUGCAGCGCCUGCGACUGAUCUCAACGGAACGACGCAUAAUGGUGCGACCAGCGCUGGGCCUGCAAUGCUGUCUGCGUUUCCUGUCCACAUGAACUUCAUAGUCGGUACUCAGACUAUCUUCACUCCAGGAGCCGCACUUCAUUCCGGCAGCUUCACCGCGAACAAUCCAGAGGAGCUCGCUGCAGAGACAGCAGCUGCAGGGGCUGAUAUUCUGGAUCCUACGACUGGCGAAGUGUAUCCUGAACUACAUGCCCAUUUCUGGCAGAGCGGUGGUCCCCUUCCAGACGGUUCUUUAAGCAUAGCGGUAGGCUCUGUUGGAGUGCCCCCUACUGCCGCAGAAUCUCUCACUUCUAUGGGCUUCACGACGACCAGCGUAUCAUUGGCUAACGCUGCUACCAUGUUCGACCCUUUGGCAAUUACGUUUGGGUCAACUUCGCUACAUCACCUCCGCGCAGCUGCGCGCCCUCGAUUCGAUGCUGCUGCCUUCGUUGACAACCUGGACCGAGUGGAAAUUUCUGAUAUCCCCGCAGAAGACAUGCGCUGCCCGUACUGUUGGCUUCCGUUCGGCACCACUGAUGAGGACGACCCAAACUUCGUCUUCACUCCCGACCCAGACGACCCGCCAGAGAUUGCAGCACGCCAGAUCGCAUUCCGUGAGCUACUGCCGUUCUGCGCUGAAAGGGCAGACAACGAUCCCGUGCGCACACCUUGUGGUCACUUGUUCGGUCGUGGCUGUCUCGUCGAGACUUUGGAGAAGGUGGAUACGCUAUGCCCAACCUGCAGGAAAGACCUUCGCCCUCAGCCUGAGACCCCGAAGGUGGAAGUAUGA